AUGGCAAUACUGCAUCCCCAUAUCGCCCCCCCUGAGUUCGACAACUGCAGGCAGCUGAGUGACGACCUGCAGGUGGAGUGGCAGGCUCAGGAAGACGAAGUCCACAUCAGACUCACGGCCAAGAUGGACGAAGACCAGUACAUCGCUUUCGGACGUUCCCGAUCUGAUGAAAAGCCCGAAAUGCUGAACAGUGAUAUUGUGGUUGCCUACUACGAUCCUGACGAUGGUUCCUUCCACGCCAUAGACUACAGUGUCACAGCCAGGUCGCAGUGCGACGGAACCUUCGGCGUGUGUCCCGACGAGCGCAUCAACGGCCGGAACGACGCCUCGGUCAUCGGCGGCGAACGGCGGAACGGCAUCACCUCCAUCACGUUCAGCAGACCAUACGAAACGAACGACCAGAUGGACAUGCCGAUCUCCCGCUUCUCCGACGCCAUCACCGUCAUCGCCGCCAUUGGCCAGCUGAACAACCGCAAGGAGGCGAAUUACCACGAUGAAUUCGUGACGAAAGACCACGUGCUCCUGGACUUCAGCUCCGCCGGCGACAACUCCUGCGGCGUCCUGGUCGGCGGAGAGCGAGAGACGACGCGGUUCCCCCCUUGGCUCAUCAGGACCAUGAGGGCGACGACCAAUUUCACGGCCACGAUCGGUCCUACGGGAGGCGACCGCGGGUACAAGGCGAUUACGGGGUUACCAUCUUGGGGAAUCGCCUGGUGGAUUAACGACAUGCUUAUCCCAGAAAUAUACGUGGAAAGGGGACAGACCUACUAUUUUACGGUAUACGGUGGCAAUGAUAAGCUAAACAGUCCGAGGUACCAUCCUCUUUACAUCACCAGCAGCCCCGAGGGAGGAUUUGGUCAGAAGACAGUCGAGGAACAGAAACAGGAGAGUGUGUUCGCUGGCAUCUCCUACUCAAAGAUGGGAAUGCCAGACGCAACUGCAGCCGGAGGUCUGUGCGAGUGGCGCCACGAAGGAAUCGACGCCUGGGAAGACAGUAUUACCUUCGAGGAAUAUAAAGAGACCCUCUAUAAAGACUGCGACGCCGACCCCCCUGGUUCCCUUGUUUGGACAGUGGCAGAAGAUACCCCGGAUUUAGUGUAUUACCAGUGUUACACCCACCGGAACCUCGGCUGGAAAAUACACGUGGUGGACAGCGGCUACAACCUUCGUCAGGAAGGUAUUAGCAGUGGCUCAACCUUGGCUCCUCUACACACAUACCAAGCCACUCUUGCUGCGGUACUUCUGCCUGCCUUAAUGCUGCCACUUAGAUGAAACUGUGGACUUCAGUAGUGCUACCCUGUAAUAUCGUGCCCCAUCCACUAUCAAAUUCCAACAGCCAGUUUAGCAGUGUUUACAGAAUCUCCUUUUCCCAUUUUCUGUUUUUGUUUUUGUUCGUUUUCUUUUCUUCUUAUUCUGUUUAACUUUUUGUGGGUUUUUGUUUGGGUCUUUUUUCCUUCGUCUUCUACUUCUCAUUCUCCUCUAUUCCUUUAUUUCAACUUUUCUUCCUCAUCUACAUCCUCUUCUUGUCUUCCUAUUCUCCCCCAUCUCCGUCUUCUAUUUAAUUAAUUUAUCACUUGUCUUAUCUCCUUGUGAUUCCCUAUAAUCAUACCUUUAAAACUAAGGAAAGGGAACAUUGUAUUUUGCAUAACUAUACCCUUCAUAACACACACCAAAUAAGGACUUUUACCUUGUAAUUUAUAAGACUUAAAUGGAUACAGAUUAGGUUGAUCUUGAGGACAGUCCUAUGGCUAACACUGUCCAUGGAUUCACGGUAUUCUGAAUCUUUUCUUCAAUUUUUGCUAUUCGUGUUGUAAAUAUCAAUAGUUUUUUUUUUCUCUCUCUAUCUUUCUUUCUUUCUUUCUUUUUAUAUAUUCAUACAUAUAUAUAUAUACCAAGUGUAGAAUUGUAAUAGCUGAAUUUAUUGGGAACAGUACAGUGUGUGACAUGCUCUAGUGUGUACGUUCUUCAUGACGAUUAUUUUGUAUGUGCUUUUGAACCCCAAGAGCUACACGUGUUUGGUGUCUGUCACGUUUUACUAUAUGUAGUAAUAUGGCUGAAACACUCUUGAAAAGAGUUCUGUAGAUUGAGGUACGGUUUUUCAGAAAUUAUUGUUGUUGUUGGUAUAAUAUUAGUGGUAUUAUUAUGACUGUAAUUAUUAUGAUUAUGAUUAUUAUGAUUAUUAAAGUUAUUGGUAUUGGCUAUACAUUUUUUUUCUUAUUUAUUCUUUGUGAUUCAGUAUAUCAUUUUUGGAUACAGUAUUGUCUAGCAAUAAACAUUGGUUUAAAACUACUUAAGAAUAAAUACAUAUUUAUUAAAUAUUUUUAUAAAUUUCUUGAUAAGUGUGUUAAGUUCGUGUACAGUUACACUGUUCUUGUGAAACAAAAAAAUUGUGAAUGCCUAGCUGUAUUCUUCUUUUAAUGUUAUGAUGGAAUAGAAAAUAAUAUCUUGUACAUACAGUAAUUACUGUUUAAUUAGGACAUUCAGGCACAUUUGUAUUAUAUAUGAAGCACAUGAAAACUUAUCAUCUUUGACAUGAUCUUCGGACCUCUUGCUUGCAGCUAGGGUAAUCGACAGCCUUCUCUUUAGCGUCGCGAACAGAAGACUAUGAACAGCACGCCAUAAGCAUUCCAAAAUUCACGUAUGAUAUUCCUGCCUUGUCAGUUUGCAAUGAAGAUGUCCCAAGGUCCAUUUGAAUGCCCCUCUGUACAUCUUAACCCUAAGCCAUUUUUUUAUAUAUGAUAAUAUACAGUGUUGACUACCCUCAGAGUCUGUUUUCUUUUUUUCUUAAGUUGCUGGGAAAGUUAAAUGUUGGAAUGACCUGCCUGUGUGAACUGUGUGUCACUUCUUUGUAAUCAUGGGUUUUGCCUUUUGGAGUGAAGGUCAAGGCGACAGAAGGUAUUGGUUCUACUCCUUGUAUUGUUUAAGGCUUGUAUUAUGCUAUGAGGUAUCUUUCGUCUCCCCUGAAGGUUACGCUAUGUUUUGGGACGGAAGGUUUAACAAGGCUUUCCAGUGUGUCAGAGAUUGAAAUGCAUUGUCUCUCUCUCUUUUUGUUUAACACCUCCCAGAAGAGAACAACAUAUAUAUAUAAUUGUAUUUGUAUUUGUACUGGUCAGAAUGAAUACUAUUAGCUUCA